AUGACAUGUGUUCGUGGACGAGUUAUAGUAACAAAAAAUCCUUGUCCAUCUGCUGGUGAUAUGUUAGAAUUAUGGACUGUUGAUUUACCGGAAUUAUAUCAUUUAAAUGAUGUUAUUGUUUUUUCAACAAAAGGUCAACGACCUGAUUUUAAUAAAAUAGCUGGAUCUGAUCUUGCUGGUGAUGGAUAUUUUGUCUAUUGGAGUGAAGAAUUACGUUUGAAUUAUCAAGUUAAACCACUUGAUUAUAUUCCGGAUGAAAAACAAAAUCAAAUAACACCAAUUACUCCUAAACAUGUUAUUAAAUAUUGUCUUUCAACAAUAGGUGCAACUAGUUCGGGUGAAAUAUAUAAUUUACAUGCAACUAUUCUCGAUAAAAAUUAUGAAAAUUUUCAACAGCGAACAUGUCAACCAUUAGCUAUUGAAUUAGCUAAAAUGUUUUCAUCAUCUGUUGAUUCAGGUAAAACAGGUUAUAUUGUUGAUAAAAAACGUAUACAAGAAAUUCGUGAAAAAUAUGGAAAAAAAUAUCCAGAUUUUUUGGGUAAAGAUAAAAAUCGUUCAUAUAAAUCUGAAUCAAUUAUUGGACAACUUUAUCAUAAUGCACUUUAUUAUAUUAAUGGACAAAUUGAUCAACUUAAUCAAAUUUUUCCUCAAUUAAAUAUUAAUGAUAAACAACAAACACAAUCAACUCAAUGUUCUUUAGUAAAACAAAUAAAUACGAUUGAUCAACAAAAUGUUUCAAUUAAUUUAGUUGAUACAUCAAUGCAAUUACAUCCUGGUUCACCAUUAUCACCAAUUCAAAAUUCAAUUUCAAUAAAUGUAUUAUUAUUCAGAAAAAAACUUAUAUUCAAAGAAUAUCUUUUACAACUAGAUGGAUAUUUUGAAGAACAACAACAACAUUCAGUUGAAAUACAUAUUAAAAAUGAUUAUUUAAAUAAAAAAGAUAAAUUACGUUAUAUUAUGUCAUUGGCCAUUGAACUUAGUCAAAUGUUAGAUUAA